GAAAACAAAGAUGCAAAUAAAGAACCUUUAUUUUUUUGAGUAUGUGCGCGUGUUGAAUUUUUGUCAGCUUUGCAUCAACAGAGUCUUAAGAGACAAUCAAACUAGAUUUGUAUAUUUCAGACACUUCAACGAACAGAAUAUGAUGUCAUUCAUUGUGAGCAGGGUCUUAGGUUGUUCAAGUUAAACAGCAUGCAGAUCUUUAUGAUUUUUCUCUUUCACUUUCAGUUGAUGCACUACUCUGCGUAUAUAAGGAGUGCCAGGACUGACCAGACACAGAUCCUAUAACACUCCAUCAGAGACCUACUUAGACUGAAAACUUGUUGCUCCCUAAAAUGACUGAAAACCGACCAUUAAGCUACAAUGGGCAUGAUGAAAGUGAUGAAGAAUCUGAUUUACCCACUACCAAACAUUUCCACCAUGAAGAAGAUGAGAGUGAUGAAGAAUGUGAUGUACUUCAUGGAGAAAAGCCAAAAAAAGGAAAACAGAAGAUAACAUGGAAAAACAAAAAGGGUUUUACAAAAAAGCCAAGUGUGCAACUUGCGUCAGUUAAUGUUGAUGCGCUUGAAGUUGUAAAUGUAAUUGACACGUAUGACAGAACAGCAAGUGCUUAUGCAGAACACAAGUAUGCUCGAAGUGGAUCAUAUGCUGAAGCAUUUGAGAACAAACCUGGAGAGAGGAUUCCUAAGGCUGGAGUUUACGCAGAAGCAGGAGUUGCACGAGCUCGUGCUGAAUACAGUGUAUUUGAAGCAGAAGCCAAAGGUCCAAACGCCUCAGCUGGUGCUGGAGUCAGUGUGGUUGGAGCUGGAGCAAUGGCUCGAGCUGAAAUUGCCAGUGCAUCAGCUAAAGCCGGUCCAAUUGGUGUGAAGCUGGGACUUGGACUUGACACGGGUGCAUCUGUUGGUCUGGGUGGGGUGGAAUUCAAAUUCCUGGGAACCGGAGUCUCACUUGGUCCAAAAACCGGUGUGUCUGUUCUGGGUUCAGAAGCAUCAUGUUCAGUCAUGUAAUUAUCUGUGAACAAUGAAACAUUUCAUUACAAAACCAAGACAAAAGCAGAAACUUUUUAAAAACUUUACCCAUUUUAAUGCAUAAUUAGUAUUGUUGUUGAGCUUUAAAUACGCAGAUAACUUGUUCAGGAGAACACCGAAAGAGCCAUUCGAUCAAAGUAUCAUGCAAAGAAACUCAUUUAAUUCAAAUAUAGUCCCACAGAGCCAGAUUUAUCUCAAAUAUACUUUAUAAUCAACAGUGCAACAGUGUCAUUUUAAUUAAGUACUUGCAGUUGAAUCGCAGAGUUUGUGCAAACGUAUACACAUUGUGAUAACAUGCUUUCUAAACUGCUGCUUUUUCACCGCUGUCAUUCUUGUUGUGUGUUUGCUUUGUUAUUGAGCCAUGAAUAAAAUAAACUUU